CUCAGAGCUAACCAACUCCACAGACGCUUGCAGGUCCAGAUGAAGACAAUGACGAAGAAGACGUUGCUUCCUCUCCAGCUGAUUGUGAUCGUCUGUCUGUCUUAUGGACAGACAGAUGAUUCUGCCAAUAAGCAAUCCAUCAACAGCGGUGACCCUUCCUCUACCCUUUUCUCUGACCUGUCUGCCGAGGUGGCGAAACUGAGGAGGGAGGUUGAGGACCUGAGAAAGUCACACAACUCUGUAGGCGUAGCCUUUUCAGCUGCACUGAGACCUCCUAUCGUGGACACGGAGGGCUACGGCCAAACCGGGCCCUUCCAGGCAGACACCAACCUGGUCCACACUCACGUCAUCACCAACGUCGGUAACGCCUACAGCCCCAGGACAGGAGCAUUCACAGCCCCAGUAAAUGGAGUCUACUACUUCACCUUCACAUCCUAUACCUGGAAAAAUGAGGCCAACAUCGGGGUGGCCCUUUACAAGAACAAUGAGCAGGUGGCGCUGGUCUAUGAGUUUCAGGACAAGGGAGACAAUGAAGACUUUGCGUCCAACGGGGCCACUCUGCAGCUGACUGUAGGAGACGAGGUUUACAUGGUCCUACCUUCUGGUUUCCAGGUGACCGGUAAUGCUUUCAAAAACCUCAGCACCUUCAGUGGCUUUCUGAUCUUCCACGUGUAAGGAGGAAGGAGGGUUCGGAAGGGUGCACCCCUUAACUUCCACACAUUAUAUUCUCUUUUGCUGUUAUUUACAUGUGUGUGAGGCAGUAAAAGCAAUAUUAAAAGCA